UUAUUACAGUGGACAUUAAACGGAAACUAUAGCGCGUUGCAUUUAUAGUCAAGCAAAAUGAUUUUCAAGACUUUUAUUUUGGUCAGUUUGAUCGCUUCUUACGUAGCCAGUGAUUCAUGUGUCACGUACAAUUUUGAAGAAGGUUUCAGUGAUUUGUUUGGUUCCUACGGCUCAUGUAAUUCUCUUCCUUUAUGGCGAGUCAACGAUUACAAGUCUUUGGCUUUGACCAGUCCACAUGAGCGCAGUACUAAAUUCAUAACACCAGAAACCAAUCGGAUAAGUUGUGUCUCUUCAUUCAAUUUCACAAUGAAUGCUGGUGGUACGAUUGAAUUCAACAUUUAUAUGGAACAAACAGAUAGUUUAGAUCAGGUGUAUCUGAUUGCUUAUCAUAUGGGACCCGAUGGUAUCGAUUUUGUGGUGGGAAUGGAAGUUGUUAAACAGCAGGCUGGAUGGAACACUGUGAAGGUGACACUAGGCGGCCCAAGAACCUUUACUGGCUACUUUUCCAUAUUCGGCAAUUCGGCUCGUAGCUCUAAAGUGUUGGUUGACUCAUUCCGCUACAUACCUCCUGGUGUGGACUCAAAUUUAUGCCAGAUCUACGGAUAACCAACUUAUCAUCACAAGCCGAUGAUAGCUGCACCCAAGGAUCGCUCGCCGAACAAUAAAGGACAGUUUAAUGGCAUAAGAAACGAAAAACACGUUUAUAAAUAUGUAUAUAUUAUGUAUAUUGCUGAAAAAAGUCAUAAAUAUCAGUCUCUACGUUUACGGUUGAUUGAUACAAUGUAUAUUUAAUAAAAAAAAAAAUUUGUUUCUUUAUUAUCUCUGUUAAGUAUGUCUACCUCGUUGACGGAGUGGUCACAACUGUGAUUGCUGAGCAAGAAGUUAGCGAAGUUAGAGGUAGUCGCACAAAAUAUAAGCAACAUUAGUUAGAUAAGUACCUAGAUGCUUAAAAUAUAAAUAGGCGGUGGUGAAGCUAAAAUACGUCAUUCAAAGUAAUAGCUCAAUAAUGAUUAUCCAUUAAUUUUAUUAUAAAGUAUUAAAAUGUCUACUUGAAUCACUUAAGUAAAA